CAAUGGCCAGAAAGAGCGCAUCCAUGUGUGCAUUUAAAGUCUUUGACCCCUUCAUUGUUCAAAAGACAUGAUAAUAGAUGAAAAUACAUUCUCCACCUUCCCAUCCAUACAAUAGAGUGAUCUAUCAUGUCACUUGUGAAAUACUCCGAUUCCGAAUCGGAAGAGUCCAACCCCGUCUCCAGAAGCAAUUCAGUGGCAACGAAACUCUCGAAGCGGCCCUUGAAGCAACAGCGCACUGAUAAAACGAUACCGGGCAGCGAUGAUGGCGAUGGUCGUGGCGGGAAUACUAUCGCUUUACCCCCACUGCCUUCCGAAUUCCUAGAUCUCUAUGCAAGUAAUUCGCGAAUUAGUGUCCAGGAUGACCCCAGUCUUCAUGAUGGACGCAAGCGAGUGAUGCCUCAUGUUCCUGGCAACUGGCCCACCCAUAUCUAUCUCGAGUGGUAUCCUGCGGCUGCAGAGAUAGCUAUUCUGGCAGAGGUGAUUGCUCGGUGUGGACAGAAACUUGAAAACGGGUUGAAAGUUCAUGGUUUGCUGUACAGCGAUCUUGGUGCCCAAGCACCCUUACAUAUCAGCCUUUCACGCCCUGUUGUUCUUGUGACGGAAGAUAGGCAGCCUUUUCGAGACUUGCUCAAUGAUGCUCUACGUGAAUCUGAUAUUCGUCCGUUUCAUGUGAAAACCGAUGGGUUGGACUGGGUGUCAAAUUUUGAGAAGACGCGGUGGUUUCUUGUGUUACGGGUUAUGAAACCGGCGAAUAACGAGCUGAAUCGCCUACUUGCGAUCUCAAAUCGGUCUCUGGCUGCCUUUCAGCAGCCUCCCCUUUACCAAACGCCAGCCCCCGCAUAUACGCGGGCCAGUGAUCGGAAUACAGAAAAGCCCCCAAAGCAAAGAUCAACAACCUCUUCUGUCGCUGUAGCAGAUUAUUCGGAUUACUUCCAUAUAUCUAUCGCGUGGAGUCUCACAGAACCAUCAAGGGAAGACAAGGAGAGGGUUGCGUCCGUGGAAUUGGAUAAAGUGAAGGAAAUCGGAAUUCCCUUUGGCAGCGUAAAGCUCAAAAUUGGGAACAUUGUUCAUAAUCUAGAACUUCCAACCGGGGUUCUGGAUGAGGGUGGGUUCUGCGGGCUGUAGCUUUCAUAGUUUUGGUCGGGUUUUAUAUAGUUAUAUAAUAUUGUCGUUGCGCCAUCGAGAAAUAACAUGACGUGUAUGAAUAAACGAGGAAAAUGACACAGGCCGUUCAAUCUGAUCGACUGGUACAUGCCCCUGGUGUAUGCACUAUUGUCAUGAUUCGCUACAGCGCAUCAAUCCCUUGCACCGGGCUGUAAAAGUGAACGGUCGGGAUGGAAAACCGACCGACGAUUUGGAAAUCUCGGCCAUUCCAUUUAAACGAGUAGUUGGCCCUCGUUCAUGGCCUGAAAAACUCUGCAAUUGAUGGUCUUGUU